CCGAAGCAGCCUUCCGGGACGCAGCUGCAGCCGUAUCAGCCUGUGUCAGGGCUUUCCACUAUAGUGCUGCAUUUUGAUGUCGCCCAGGCGGGUAAAAGCUGCUGCCAGCACCGACCACGGUCUCUUCUCCGAUUAUUAAUGUCCAAGAGGCAACAUGACACACACUAAGCAGUGGCUACUGACCGGUUUUGCGCUUCUGUACAUUUAUGGAGCAGCUGAAUCUAAAAGGAAUUUCAAAUGUCCUUCAGGAUGCUCCUGCUCCAAGGAGACCAUCAUCUGCGUCGGUACUUUACAGAUCCCACGGACUAUACCGAAUGAAAUCAACUCACUGAGCAUGGUAAAUGGAUCUAUAUCUGAAAUUACAGAGGGGAUGUUUGCACUCAUGCCCUCUCUUCAGCUGUUACUUCUAAAUGCAAAUUCUCUGACCACAAUCAAAGAUGAUGCUUUCUCUGGCCUUCCACAUCUAGAAUAUUUAUUCAUUGAAGGGAACAAGAUCGAAACGAUCACCAAAAAUGCCUUUCGUGGUCUGCGAGAUUUGACUCAUCUGUCACUUGCCAAUAACAAGAUGAGGUUUCUGCCAAGAGAUCUGUUUUUUGACUUGGAUUCGUUGCUCGAACUGGAUCUGCGCGGCAACGUUUUCCAGUGCAAUUGUGAGAACAAAUGGCUGAUGACAUGGCUGAAAAACACAAAUGCCACAGUAUCGGAUGUCUUCUGCGCAGGCCCAAGUGACAUGAAGGGCAAGCGGCUCAAUGACCUUCCCAUUCCACCGGGCGAGUGUAUCUCCACAGACUUUGUGCGUCAUCAGUCCAUUCCCAUUCAGUCCAUGUCAGCAGACAUCUUCUCCUUUAAAGAGGACAUCUACGUGGCGAUGGCUGCCCCCAACUCCAACAGCUGUGUGGUCAUGGAGUGGGACCACAUUGAAAUGAAUUUCAGGAAGUUUGACAAUAUAACAGGGAAGUCUGUUGUUGGAUGCAAGUCAGUUCUGAUCGACAACCAUGUCUUGAUAAUUGUUACUCAGCUCUUUGGUGGCUCCCAUAUUUACAAGUUUGACGACCAACAAAACAAGUUCACAAAGUUUCAAACUAUCGAGGUCUUUAACAUCUCCAAACCAAAUGACAUUGAGGUCUUCCAAAUGGAUGGCGAUUGGUAUUUUGUGAUUGUGGACAGCUCUAAGUCAGGUCUGUCUACUCUGUACAAGUGGACCGACCAACCAGACCGCAAUGAAACUGGUUUCUACUCCUACCAGUUUCUCCACGAGUGGUUUCGUGACACAGAUGCUGAGUUUCUUGAGGUGGAGGGGAAGUCUUACCUCAUCCUAGCCAGUCGCUCUCAGUCACCUGUCAUCUACCUAUGGAACAAGAGCACCCUGAAGUUCAUACUUCACGAAGAAAUCCCACAUGUCGAUGACGUGGUGGCAGUCAAAGCUUUCCGGGAGGAGAACGAGUUGUAUCUGGCCAUGACUUGCUACAUUGGUGACUCCAAAGUCCUCAAGUGGGCCAAUAAGCAGUUUACUGAGGUGCAGGCUCUGCCUUCUCGAGGGGCAAUGAUCCUCCAACCUUUCACCUUCACAGACAGGCACUACCUUGCUCUUGGUAGCGAUUAUUCCUUCACACAAAUCUACCUCUGGGAUACGGAGACCAAAACAUUUCACAAGUUCAAGGACAUUUAUGUGCAGUCGCCUCGGUCAUUUACGGUAGUAAACACUGACCGGAGGAAUUUCAUCUUCUCAUCCAGCUUCAAGGGCAAAUCAAUGGUUUUUGAGCAUAUUAUUGUAGAUUUAAGCUUAUAAUGCCUAGCAAAAUAAUGACUAAUCAAAUUAUGAGUUGGUCACUCAGAUUACUAUUGCGUGUAUGCUACAAAGGAGUCUCAAAUGCUGUAUAUCUUUCUCAUGCAACUAGAUAUAUCUUUCUUGGUUUGAGACUAACUUCUUUGGCAAGUUUCUGCAACUCAUAUGCAUUUCUAUUAAUUAUUGGAGACGCAGUUAAUGGUAGAUCUAAUGGUAGAAUGGUAGUAUGCUGUACGCAAACAGAAGGCUGACAGAAAUAUGAAACAGUGGCAACAUUUGAAACCCUUGGAAUGUAAACAGUAUGAUGAUAAUGUAAUUUAAUACUAGGUAUUGUCAGAAAAGGUGUUGGCUUUUAUCGGAAUUCUGUUGAGGGUCAAGGGGUGUAUAUUCUGGCUAUGGCUACCAUAGACUAUAGGCUGGCCGCAAAAUGCAGGCAGUAGGAAACCCAUUGAUUAAGGGUUAUAUGGCAUUUAAAGACCAUUAUAUAUGAUGCCUAAUGGUGAAGCUUGGUGCACACUUAGCAGCAGCUGUUACCUCAAUGAGUGAAAUUGAAUAUUCAGUCUAUGGCUUCACAUGGCAGAACAAAACUUAAAGUGAACACUUGAGGUGUCAGUAUGCUCGAAUAUUGAUACUUUUGUACGACGGGUUUGUCCAAACCAAGACUAAAGGCAAAAAUGAUCACAGCUCUUCUGAACAGUCACACUUGAAGGUGGGCUGGCUUCGUGUUGCACAAAGAGCCACAGAAGUAAAAAGAGAGAACUCAAAGAGAGCAAAAAAAACUCCUCACUCCUGGACAAAUUGCUUGUUGGAUUGUCAGUUUCAUCAAAUGCAGAUGUAGCCCAAACUAUUUUAAUGUUGGAGUUGGUUUGAGAUGCUCAGCCCAGCCAUCUGUGUGAUUGUUUGGCUUUACUACUUCAAGUCAAAAGGUUACCUUAAAAUGUGGGAUCAAUGAUACUGGAGAAAAAUAAUUCAUUGUUGACUGUCAUGUCCAGGUCUUCAAAUACCAAUGUAAAUGGGAAACAACAAAGGGGCUUGGAGUGAGCACACUCUCAUGAUGGGAGACUCAACAAUCAACUAUUCGGCGACCUGGGAGCACGAACGAACGCCACUUGUUGUGUUACAUGGCUCCAUCUGAGGUUCUGUUUAUGUUGGUAUUUGACCCCUUGGGAAUGACAUUCAACAAAUCAACUGUUUCUCUCCAAUACGACUGAGCCCACGUUUAAGUGAUUUAUUUGCACCAACUGGAACUUUGUCUUUCUGAGCAGCCAGUAGAAAUCUUGCAGCCAUCUCAUCCCAGAAACUGUCAUGACUGACGAUUUAAACGUGCAUGAAACAGAGCAAACAGACCAAAAACACAGCAGAAUGUAACAGCUAAAUAUUAUGAGCUUUAAGCCUAACUGUGCAACAUUUAUAGCUAGCUACUGUUUGAGCAGAAUGCCUGAUUAGUGGCAAAACUAAAUAUAAUUUACUCCUGAUUCCUAUGCAAAGUGUGUAAUACUGAAUGUUGCUCUGAAUUACAAUCACAAAGUUAAUUGUGUGCUGCUAUAUGACUUGAAAUUAAGACACAAACGUGUGCUCUUUUCUUUACUGAUCUUUUGAUAUUUUUCAUGUAUUGUACAGAAUUAAUCACAGUCUGUUUGGCUUGGAAUAUAAAUUCAUUUUUUUCAAAUACCUAACAGUGACAUGAUGUGCAAAUUAGGCCAUGUUCUCUAGAGACUCUCAAACAACUAAAGGUCACAAAAUGCUAAUCUAGCAUUUCAGAUGUAUUG